AUGGAAAGUGGAGAUGAGCGACCAUACCGGUCUCACACAAAGCCAGCAUGCGUACCAUGCCGGCGGAGGAAAUCGCGAUGCAAACUAGAGCCCCAUACUGCGGCCUGUUUGAUGUGUCGUGCACAUGGCACAGAGUGUACAUUUCCCAACGGGAGAGAAAAGUCAACCCCACAAAAGAGAUAUGCUACGGAUGCAGGCCCACUACUCCCACAUCCGACUUUACGAACGCCAAUUGCAGCUGCCCAGUCACUGAGCCGGCCACCUGUGGUAGCCGCUUCACCACAGUUCUCAAUUGUUACACAGACUCAGAAUGACCAGGAUACACCGCUGUCUCUAGAGGCUGAAGAUGAUAAUCCACAUAUUCUCGGCCCGGCUGUAACUGGGGAUAACCAUGUCUUGGCCGACUAUCUGUCUAAUAUCUCGGGUGGCCAGGGAAUUCGUGAAAUUCGGCCCGUCGAGCCGGGCAGUUCCUCGUCUCCGGUUAUAUUCACGAAGGUGCAGAAAAGGCCCCUGGGACUCAUGGUGAAUUCUAGUCCGGCAUUGCAUAAGCUACAGACUAUUGAAAAGCUCAUAGAGCCGUGGGGGCCACAUCUGAUAGACAUAUAUCUGAGAAAGAUCAAUCCUUGCCUCCCACUACUUGAAGCAAGCUCCUUUCGGGAGCAAUACAUAGUUUCCAGGCACAGGAUCUCUCCUGCACUUUUGGCGUGCCUGUAUGCCCAUGUGCUUACCCAAUGGCAACACGACCCCCUUUUAUCACGAGAAAGGUGUCCAGACGUUCGUUUCAUCUGGAAUCUUGCCAUUGAAGCUGCGAAUUCCGAGUUACAUGCGUCAGCCGGAAUAUCCACGAUUAAGGCCAUUCUUCUCGAUGUUGGGGGCCGUCCAACCACAUCUAUGACAGGCAACGGCGUACGACUGGGUUCGGCUGUUGCGUUGUGCCAUUCUCUGGGUUUAAAUCGAAAUCCACUGCCGUGGGAUAUCCCACAGGCCGAGAAGCACUUAAGAAUGAAGAUAUGGUGGUCUAUCUUACUCCACGAUCGCUGGUCAAGUCUUGCUUAUGGGACACCUCCCCAUAUCAGAAGAUCACAAUACGACGUACCACUACCAAAAUCUGAGUACCUGUCAGAUUGGGGACGAGAUCAUGAAGCAAACGCAGUUUUCAUCGAACUCAUGAACUUAACCGAUGUGCUAGACCAUUGCUUGGAGCAAGUGUACAGCAUACGUAUCGAGACGCAAGGACCAAGCAGGAAUCUAGAAUUAGAGUUGAACAAAUGGGUGGACUCACUCACAGGAGACAUCCGCAAGAUCAUUAUACGCGGCUCAAACUUAAAUAUCCCCGGGGCCUCUAACCUUCGUCUAGCAUAUCUCGCAACAAGACUCCUUCUCCGGCGCAUCGACCUAGAUCGUGAGCGGCAAGCACCAGACUUCAACGCAGAGCACAUGGCCAACCGGGUUAUGGAGGCCCGCAGGACCGCGGAGGACAUUGUGGUUCUGGUCCAGGAACUUGGAGAAGCACAAUUGGGUGACUAUUGGCUACCUGUCGUAGCAUUCACAUUUUCAGCAACGGUUACAUUUUUGAUCCGGUGUGCAUUAGAGACAGAGCAGGCAGCGGGUCUUGCGCAUAGUGGUUCACUGCGAAUGGCGAGCGACCUUUUGGCUGCGUUGCGAUCGCACCAUAAGAACUUUGAGUGGGAUUUAGGUGAUAUCUGCCUCGCGCAGCAUUCAGAUGUCAUUGAGAAGCUGUUGAAGUCAGAGCCUCCGGUUGAGAACUCGGGGGACACGGAUGUUGAUCUGCGUCAGCAUUUCGUGCCGGAUAUGGCUUUUGUUGAUGAUAUGUUUCCAAGCACUUGGGAUAUACUGCAAAUUAUGGAGUGA